CCCAGCUGAACGAGACUCAACAACGGGCUGCACAUCUUCUCCUGGGGAAUCGUCUUCCCGAAGCUCUGGAGAUCUGGAUCUUGACUCUCACCUGUUGGAGGAAGUCGCUCCUGGUGACUGCGCUCAGCCGCGCGCAGGGAGAGAUGUUCGUGGGGAGGGCGCAGGGGGCCACAGGCCGAUGACCGGUCUGCCUCCAGGUCUCAGCUCCUGCUGGAGGUCUCAGUGUGAACACUGCCAGACAUGGACAGCCUGAAUGACGGGAGUCCGUGGCAGGAAGCGGUGGAGCAGGAGAGGAGCCCAUCAUCGGACAGUCGCCAGCCAGAUGUCCGCUCCCGCAGGAGGGUAGCGGCGGUGAGCUCUCCUGCUCUGUCCGCCGCACGACUCACCUUGCCGGGGAUCAUGGACGCCGAGGGCAGGGUGGACGAGUCAAGACUGAGGAUGCAUAUAUUCAAAAACGGUGGUGUGUCUCCCUCCGAGCGGGGCCUGGUGUGGCGUUUCCUGUUCGGGAUGUACCCGUGCAGCUCCACGGCUUUAGAGCGCUCUCUGCUGCAGGAGCAGUUGGUCGUUCGAUACCGGGUCAUGAAAACAAAAUGGCAGCAGUUCCUCCCUUCGUCUGUGCGGAUGCAUCUCAACGGCACCGACCCUGAGCUGGUCGCGGCUGUCAGCUACUUUGACCAGAGGCAGUUGGAGUCCCAGCAACAGACCCAGGACCAGACAGAGGAGGUCAGGGACAGACUGGCUUUCCUGCAGCUUCAGGCACAGAUAUUAUUCGAGCGGGUCACGUUUGACCCAGUGGAGCUCAGGGAAGCCACACGAAUCAUUGACAAGGAUGCACCGAGAACUAACAGAGACCUGAGCUAUUACCAGGGUGAAGGUUCAGGUAAUCUGUUGGUGUUGAGAGAUAUCCUCAUCACUUACGCUGCAUUUCAUCCAGAGGUCAGUUAUGCCCAGGGAAUGAAUGACCUGUGCAGCCGGUUCCUGGAGGUUCUUGACUCGGAGGUUGACACGUUCUGGAGUUUCUCCUGCUACAUGGAGAAAUUCUCCAAGGAUUUCAGAGCCGAUGGUCUGCUCAGAAAAAUAGAGUUGGAGGCAGCCCUGCUGAAGGAACUGGACCCACAGCUUUACACUCACUUAGUCACAGACAGCAUGGAGAGCUUCACCUUCUGCCACAGGUGGCUGCUGCUGGGUUUCCAGAGGGAGUUUGAACACAGCGACGCACUGCGCCUGUUCGAGAUCCUGAGCUGUGACCACCUGGAGCUCAUCUCCCAGCAAGUAGACCGAGCCAGGUAUCAGGAGCGGCUGGCACAGAAACACAGCACAGAGGAGAGUCCAGAGUCAGAGCUGCAGGCCGUCAAUACUGACUUCACCUUUGAGCUCUUCAUCUGUGCAGCCAUCCUGCUAGAGAACAGGGAGUCUCUGCUGCAGUGUCGAGACGAAGUGCAGCUCAUCCAGUUCACUACCAGCCUUCACGGAACACUGGACCUGAAUAGCACGCUGAAGAAAGCCGAGCAGCAUUUCUACAACUACUGCAAACGCUGCGCUUGGGAUUACAUGAAUGGACACUGCAGGGAACACAAACGGGAAGAAGAGGACUUUCUCUAUCAAAUCCGCAGUUUAUUUGUGUUGAGGUGAUAGCUGCUAUUUUAACACUUGAUCUUAAGAACUCUUAUGAAACAUGGAAAGUAUGGGACACACUAUUUAAUCCCUAUUUUGAGUUGUGAUGGCACAUAAACACAAAGGUUUUAUUUCUGAGGGAAAUGCACUGAAAUUUUGAUUGCUGCUUUACCUAAAUGUGUUUUUCUGUGUAUUAUAUCAAUGUACAGUAUUUAUUGUAUUGAGGUUAAUCAGCACCCAUUCUGAGUCACUCUGGUUGUCCUCCUAUAUCAUGAAUAUGAAAGGCUUUGUGUGUCAUAUACUCAGGAUCAAAGAUUUAAAGGUUCAAUGUGUAGAAUCUAGGGACAUCUAGUGGUGAAAUUACAUUUUGUUUAGAAGGUGUUUAGUGUUUCAAGUUUGGGCUACUGUAAAAAAUAUGGUGGCCUCCGUACAAAGGACCCUCUCCUGAUAUUAAAUAUAAAGGGUACAUUCUAGGUUCAAGAAAACAACAAUUAAUAUAAAUUAGAUGAAACACACCAUUGAAAACAUCACUAGGAUUAUUUUAUAUUUAAUUUCGGCCAAUAGAACCCUUUCAACUAAAUCUUAUAUGCUGGACCUUGCAAAUAUUUUUCUGUGUUACGCAACCACCAACUGCCAGAAGGAAACCACUACUUGACAGACAAGUGUGUAUACUGAUAUGUGGCGUGUCACAACAGGUGGUGGCUGUGGCAGUUACUUAGAGUGAAUCUAAUGCCAAAUGGCAGAUGUGUAAUAGAGUAACAAGAAUAGACAUCCAGCUUGUAAGCCGUGGAGGAAUCGUGCAGAAAUACGUCUUGGCCUGUUUCACUUAUUUCCUGUUGGUCAUAAGUUUUACUUUUUUCAUUCAAAACCGAGCCACUGACAAAUGCCUCAUGUGUAAUACUUUCUGCAUAUCAAUGAAGAAAAAUACAACAACACAGGACAACUGCAGUUAUGAUCCACUUUCCAAAAAUGUAUAAUUACUAGAAGCAGACAUAAUAUGGAUUCUUCUCCCUUGGAACCCUGUAGACAGUGCUUGACCUGAUAGCUAAAGACCAGAUGUGGAUUGUACAAUACCAAAGUAGAAGUGGUAUUUCUCCUUAUCUCUGAACUGCCAUAAAAGUGAUUUUGCAUUCA